AUGAGAACUCUACUACCCCACCGGUAUAGUUGCGUGACGUCACCGUUUGUCAUCUCCACCGCUUCUCCGCCGUUUCCUCGCCGGUGCUGUAGAUUAUCUUCGUCAUCGCACUUUUCUCCUCCACAGCAUAGGGGUAUCUCUUCUCUCUCGAUCAGAAACGUUUCGCAUGAAUCCGCCGAUCAGACUUCUCCUUCUUCUAGGCCGAGAACACUUUUUCCUGGUGGUUACAAGCGUCCCGAACUCGCUGUUCCCGGUCUUCUUCUCCGGCUAGAUGCGGAUGAGGUUAUGAGUGGGAAUCGUGACGCGACUCUUGAUUUGAUCGACCGUGCGUUAGCCAAUUCAUCGGUACAAAUCGUUGUGCUCGAUGGCGGAGUUACCGCCGGUAAGCUAUACGAGGCCGCAUGCUUGCUGAAAUCACUUGUCAAAGGCCGUGCUUAUCUCCUGAUUGCUGAACGCGUUGAUAUCGCCACCGCUGUUGGUGCCACUGGUGUUGCUCUCUCCGAUGAAGGUCUUCCGGCGAUAGUGGCAAGAAACACCUUGAUGGGUUCCAAUUCCGAUACGGUAGUUCUGCCUUUGGUAGCUAGGAUUGUGAAGGAUGUUGAUUCUGCUCUAAGUGCCUCUAGCUCAGAGGGUGCCGAUUUCCUUAUACUUGAAUCUGGUGAAGAUAAACAAGUGGGUUUAUUGGCAGAUUCUUUGUUGAAGAGCGUGAAAAUACCGAUUUUUGUGGCUUGCAGAAACAAAGGAGAAGCUAAAGAAGAAGAAUUUCAGUCGCUGAAAUCAGGCGCUUCUGGUUUUGUGAUUUCGUUGAGAGAUCUGCGUUCUUCUAGGGAUGUUGCUCUUCGCCAGUGUCUUGAUGGAGCUUAUGGCCUGAGUCACGAAAAACCAUUGGUUGAGGCUAGUGACCUGCUGGAGAGAAAGAACUCUGCUGGUUUCACAAAAUUAGAGGAUAGACAGAAACAGAUAAUAGAAAUGGAGAAAUCAGUGCUGAAGGAGACGAUUGAAAUUAUCCAGAAGGCGGCUCCACUGAUGGAGGAAGUCUCCCUUCUGAUUGAUGCAGUUUCCCGGAUUGAUGAGCCCUUUUUAAUGGUUAUAGUGGGGGAAUUUAACUCUGGGAAAUCAACGGUUAUCAAUGCACUUCUUGGGAAGAGAUAUCUCAAAGAGGGGGUAGUCCCCACUACCAAUGAAAUCACUUUCCUGUGCUACUCUGACUUGGAAUCUGAAGAGCAACAACGUUGCCAAAGGCAUCCUGACGGCCAGUUCGUCUGCUAUCUUCCUGCACCGAUACUCAAGGAAAUUAAUAUCGUUGACACACCUGGGACGAAUGUGAUUCUUCAAAGGCAACAACGUCUUACAGAAGAGUUUGUUCCACGUGCAGAUCUGCUUGUUUUCGUCCUUUCCGCUGACCGUCCUUUAACAGAAAGUGAGGUUGCUUUUCUCCGGUAUACCCAGCAGUGGAAAAAGAAAUUCGUGUUUAUUCUUAACAAAUCUGAUAUCUACCGUGAUGCUCGUGAGCUUGAGGAAGCUAUCUCAUUUGUUAAGGAGAAUACGCAAAAGUUGCUUAAUACAGAAAAUGUGAUCUUGUAUCCGGUGUCUGCACGGUCUGCUCUUGAGGCGAAGCUUUCGACAGCAUCUUUGAUAGGCAGAGAUGAUCUAAGGGUCUCUCCUGAUUCUAAUUGGAGAAUCCAGAGCUUCAAUGAACUUGAGAAAUUUCUUUACAGCUUCUUAGAUAGCUCAACUGCUACCGGGAUGGAGAGAAUAAGGCUUAAGUUGGAGACACCGAUUGCAAUUGCAGAGCGUCUCCUUUCUUCUGUGGAAUCUCUUGUGAGACAAGAUUGCAUAGCUGCUAGGGAAGAUUUGGCUUCAGCAGACAAGAUUAUUAAUCGUACUAAAGAAUACGCGCUUAAGAUGGAAUAUGAGAGCAUUUCUUGGAGAAGGCAGGCACUUUCGUUGAUUGAUAAUGCCAGAUUACAAGUCGUUGAUCUCAUAGGAACUACCCUGCGACUAUCAAGUCCCGAUCUUGCGAUCUCUUACGUGUUUAAAGGGGGAAACUCGGCCUCAGUAGCAGCUACAUCCAAAGUUCGUGGUGAAAUACUCGCUCCAGCACUAUCAAAUGCGCAAGAAUUGCUUGGUAAAUAUGCUGAGUGGCUACAAUCGAAUACUGCCCGUGAAGGGAGUCUGUCCCUGAAAUCAUUUGAAAGCAAAUGGCCAAAAUAUGUCAAUUCAAAAACUCAGUUGGGCAUAGACACAUAUGACUUGCUUCGGAAAACUGAUAAACUGAGCUUGAAAACGAUACAGAACUUGAGUCCCGGAACCACAUCAGAACGAUUGGAACAAGAUAUUCGAGAAGUGUUCUUUGUGACAGUUGGUGGGCUUGGAGCUGCAGGACUAUCUGCAUCACUUCUAACCUCAGUGCUACCCACCACAUUGGAAGAUCUUCUUGCCCUUGGCCUUUGCUCUGCUGGAGGGUAUGUGGCUGUAGCAAACUUCCCAUACCGUAGGCAAGCUAUAAUUGGUAAGGUGAAUAAAGUGGCUGAUGCGUUGGCUCAACAGCUCGAAGAUGCUAUGCAAAAGGAUCUCUCAGAUGCGACAAAUAAUUUAGCAAACUUUGUGAAUAUUGUUGCCAAACCUUACCGAGAAGAAGCUCAGCUAAGACUCGAUCGUCUUUUAGGCAUCGAGAAAGAAGUAUCAGACAUUAGAAGUAGAUUACAUUUGCUGGAAGUUGAAAUUGAUAACAUUCAUGUAUCACGAGACCAGAUGAAACUUUAG